GCCUAGUUAUAAUCAAACUGGCUGUGUUGUGUUAUCUUCAUGCUCCUACAGCUGCUGCUUCACCCACACACUGUGAACCCUCUCCCUACCUUCUAAUGGCGUGCACUUCUCUCUCUAAUUCAGCUCUCCCCUUACUCCAAUCCAGAAAACCUAACAGCUCUUCUGCUCCCCAACUUGUCCCAUUUCUCACGAAAUCAUCACAUUCCCAAAUAUUUGGACUCAAGCUCAGCACUCCGAACUUUGCUUCACCCCACCUUUCAAGCAAAAGGUCUGAUAUUUAUGCCAAGGUUUCGAAAGGCAAUAUUCCUCCCAACUUCACUCUGAAAGAUCAAAAUGGAAAGAAUGUCUCUCUCUACAAUUAUAGAGGCAAGCCUGUUGUUGUUUACUUCUACCCAGCAGAUGACAGCCCCGGUUGUACCAAAGAGGCAUGUGCCUUCAGAGAUUCAUAUGAGAAGUUUAAGAAGGCAGGCGCAGAGGUUAUUGGAAUAAGUGCUGAUGAUCCUAAUUCACAUAAGGCAUUUGCUGCAAAAUAUAAGCUUCCAUUUACACUGCUAAGUGAUGAAGGAAACAAAGUGAGGAAAGAGUAGUGGGGAGUUCCUUCUGAUCUGUUUGGAACUCUGCCAGGAAGAGAGACUUAUGUUUUAGACAAGAAAGGUGCGGUUCAGUUGGUCUAUAAUAACCAAUUUCAGCCUGAAAAGCAUGUGGAUGAGACACUGAAGCUGCUGCAAAGUCUCUGAGGUUCUUUGCUCAGUUGCUCUGUAUUUGUUCGUUUUUUUACUUCUCAAUUAAUUGCAGAUUUGUUUAGAACUGUGUAUUAUUAUUCAGCUUUGAUAUGAAAUUAUUAAAAUUUAAUCAGAUUCAUGCUGAAGAGUAGGGCUGUAAAUGAUUUGUGAGCCGUGUUUGAGUGAGCUU